AUCUGAAUCUGACUUAAAUCCCAAGUUUUGAGAGCAUACUAUGUUGAAAGUUUUAACUUGUUUUCAGGUCCCCUGAAGAUUAGAGGGAGAAGGAAUUUCAGUCUAGUAUUGAAGAAUGAAUGCGUGCAUGUCUGCUCAUGCAAUUUGAAUGUUGUUUCAUAAAUUGUUUGAUUUUGACAGAGAGAAGGAGCAGGAAAGGGAAGAACAGUUAAUGGAAGACAAGAAAAGGAAGAAAGAGGAUAAGAAAAAGAAGGAAUCUGCUCAGAAGGUCACAGAGCAAAAAACCAAAGUGCCCGAAGUGACGAAACCAAGUUUAAGCCAACCAGUGGCCGCCAGCCCAAUUGGCAACUCUCCAUCGCCACCAGUCAAUGGUGGCAACAAUGCCAAAAGGGUGGCAGUGCCGAACGGACAACCGCCAAGCGCCGCCCGCUACAUGCCUCGGGAGGUGCCGCCGCGAUUCCGUUGCCAGCAGGACCACAAAGUGUUACUGAAACGUGGGCAGCCCCCUCCGCCAUCCUGUAUGCUCCUUGGGGGUGGGGCAGGGCCUCCUCCCUCAACAGCACCUGGAGCAAACCCAAGCAACGCACAACCAGUGACAGGAGCACUGCUGCAGAGCGACAGUGGGACUGCAACAGAUUCAGCAAUUGGAGGUGCUGCUGCUUCAAAUUAUGCAAAUUCCACUUGGGGUCCUGGAGCCUCCUCCAACAACGGCACCAACGCCAACCCAACUCACAUCUGGGACAAGGUGAUUGUAGACGGGUCUGACAUGGAAGAGUGGCCUUGUAUUGCCAGCAAAGACGCUGAGUCUUCUUCAGAAAACACCACCGACAACAACAGUGCCUCAAAUCCUGGCUCAGAGAAGAGCACUCUGCCAGGAAGCACCACUAGUAACAAAGGAAAAGGAAGCCAGUGCCAGUCUGGAAGCACUGGGAGCGAAUGUAAUCUUGGGGCCUGGAAAUCUGACCCCAAGACUAAAUCUGUUCAAUCUUCCAACCCUGCUGUGGAGAGUAACAAUGGACUAGGAAACUGGAGGAAUAUGACUGGGCAGGAGAGAAUCGGCACCAGUUCUGGCUUCAGCAACUUUAACCCAAAUAGUAACCCAUCUGCUUGGCCAGCACUGGUUCAAGAGGGCAGUUCUAGGAAAGGGACUUUGGAGUCUGAUAAUGGUAACUCCAAUGCACAGAUUAGCACAGUAGGUCAGACCCCUAGGGAACAGCAGUCAAAGAUGGAAAAUGCGGGUGUUAACUUUGUCUCUAGCAGAGAACAGGCUCAAAUUCAUAACACUGAUGGACCAAAAAAUGGAAACACUAACUCCUUGAACUUAAGUUCACCAAACCCUAUGGAGAAUAAGGGAAUGCCCUUUGAAAUGGGCUUGGGGAACCCCUCCAGGAGCACUGAUGCCCCUUCACAAAGCACUGGAGAAAGAAAGCCUGGGAAUGUUGGAUCUUGGGGUACAGCUAGGGGGCCUUCUGGAACUGACACAGUCUCUGGACAAAGCAAUUCUGGAAACCACGGGAACAAUGGAAAGGAUAGAGAGGACUCCUGGAAAGGAGGUUCUGUACAAAAACCUAAUGGGUCAAGAAAUGAUUCUUGGGAUAACAAUAACAGGUCUACGGGUGGUGGGUCUUGGAACUUUGGCCCUCAGCACUCAAACGAAAGCAAAUGGGGUGAAGGGAACAAAUUGACAUCUGGGGUCUCUCAGGGAGAAUGGAAACAGCCGUCUGGGUCUGAUGAACUGAAGAUUGGAGAAUGGAGUGGUCCAAACCAACCAAAUUCUAGCACUGGAGCAUGGGACAAUCAAAAAGGCCACCCUCUUCCUGAAAACCAAGGCAAUUCCCACGCUCCCUGUUGGGGAAGAUCUUCCAGCUCUGCAGGAAGUGAGGUUGGAGGUCAAAGCACUGGAAGUAACCACAAAGCAGGAAGUAGUGACAGUCACAAUUCUGGACGCCGAUCAUACAGGCCUACACAUCCUGAUUGCCAGGCAGUCUUGCAGACUUUGCUGAGCAGGACUGAUUUGGACCCUCGUGUGCUUUCAAACACUGGCUGGGGCCAAACUCAAAUAAAACAAGAUACUGUGUGGGAUAUUGAAGAGAUGCCACGGCCAGAGGGGAAAUCUGAUAAAGGAACUGAGGGGUGGGAGAGCUCUACCACACAGACAAAGAACUCAGGGGGCUGGGGGGAUGCACCCAGCCAAAGCAAUCAAAUCAAGUCUGGAUGGGGUGAGCUCUCAACCCCAACAGAGUGGAAAGACCCCAAAAAUACAGGAGGGUGGAAUGACUACAAGAACAACAAUUCUUCUAACUGGGGAAGUGGAAGACCAGAAGAAAAACCAUCCUCCUCUUGGAAUGACAACUCCAACAAGGAUCAAGGGUGGAGUGGACGGCAACCUAAUCAAGGAUGGUCUUCAGGAAAGAAUGGUUGGGGAGAAGAGGUUGACCAAACAAAAAAUUGUAAUUGGGAAAGUACAGGAAACAAACCAGUGUCGGGUUGGGGUGAAGGAGGACAAAAUGAGAUCGGGACUUGGGGUAAUAGUGCAAAUGCAAAUGCUGCUUCAAAGGGUGGAUGGGAUGAUUGUAAAAGAACUCCAGCAUGGAAUGAAGCUGGUCGACAGCCCAACUCCUGGAACAAGCAGCAGCAGCACCAGCAGCAGCAGCAACAACAACAACAGCAGGAGACUUCUGGCUCCUGGGGUCCACCACCACAAACUCCAGGUAAUGGGCGACCUCCAAAUCCAAACUGGAACAGUGGGCCACAGCCGUCUGCCCCCAAGGAUGAGGAACCCAGUGGCUGGGAAGAACCUUCUCCACAAUCGAUAAGUCGGCAAAUGGAUAUUGAUGAUGGCACUUCAGCAUGGGGAGACCCCAGCAGUUAUAACUAUAAGAAUGUGAACCUGUGGGAUAAGAACUCUCAAGGAGGACCGGCCCCACGAGAACAGAGUCUGCCUACUCCAAUGACUAGCAAAUCAACUGCAUCAGUCUGGAGCAAAAGCACACCACCUGCUCCAGAUAAUGGUACGUCCGCCUGGGGUGAGCCAAAUGAAACUAGUCCCGGGUGGGGUGAAGUGGAUGAUACAGGAGCAUCGACUACAGGCUGGGGGAAUGCACCCUCCAACACCCCGAAUGCCAUGAAACCUAUAGGAGGGGCGGCGACCCAGCAGGAGGGGCGGCGGCGCACCGGACGCAGCAGGAGAGGCGGCCUCUCAGGUUCUAAAUCUAUGCAAGAUGGCUGGGGGGAGAAUGAUGGGCCAGUAACAGGAACGCGGCAUUCCAGCUGGGAAGAGGAGGAGGAGGGAGGAGUCUGGAACACACCAGGCUCUCAGGGAAGCAGUUCCUCCCACAACUCAACAAGCUGGGGGCCAGGAAAGAAACCACAAAUUAAGUGCCCGUUAAAAGGAGGAAAUAGUGAUUCAUGGAUGACCCCUUUAUCCAAGCAGUUUUCAAAUAUGGGAUUGCUAAGUCAAACUGAGGACACUCCAGGCAGUAAGAUAGAGUUGUCUGUAGGUGGUCUCCCAGAUAAGAAGUUUGAGGUGGACAAACGAGCCAUGAAUCUUGGGGAUUUUAACGAUAUAAUGAGAAAGGAUCGAUCUGGGUUUCGUCCACCCAAUUCCAAAGAUAUGGGAACCACAGAUAGUGGGCCUUACUUUGAGAAGCUGACUUUGCCUUUCUCCAAUCAAGAUGGGUGCCUUGGGGAUGAGGCUCCCUGUUCUCCCUUCUCCCCUUCUCCCAGCUACAAGCUGUCUCCCUCUGGUUCCACUCUACCCAACGUCAGCCUUGGGGCAAUCGGCUCAGGGCUCAACCCCCAAAACUUCGCUGCUAGACAAGGUGGCAAUCAUGGUUUGUUUGGAAACAGCACAGCACAAUCAAGGGGCAUGCACACACCAGUGCAGCCACUAAAUCCUUCCCCCAAUAUCCGGGCGCAAGUGCCUCCCCAGUUUCUUUCCCCCCAGGUUUCUGCUUCCAUGCUGAAGCAGUUUCCUAACAGUGGCUUGAACCCCGGUCUGUUCAAUAUGGGUCCCCAGCUGUCUCCUCAACAAAUUGCCAUGCUAAGCCAGCUUCAGAUUCCCCAGUUUCAACUAGCAUGUCAACUCCUCCUGCAGCAGCAGCAACAACAGCAACAGCAACAACAGCAGCUGUUACAGAGCCAGAGAAAGAUUUCUCAAGCUGUGCGACAGCAGCAAGAGCAACAGAUUGCCCGUAUGGUGAGUGCCCUCCAGCAGCAGCAACAGCAGCAGCAGAGGCAGCCUGGUAUGAAGCAAUCUCCAUCCCAUCCCGUUGGUCCUAAGCCGCAUUUAGACAGCAUAGUACCCAGUGCUCUGAAUGUGGGUCUUUCAGAUUUACAGACCAAAGGGCAAAUACCUGGAUACGGUUCUGGCUUUGGCUCAAAUGUCUUGGAUUAUGGCAUGGUGGGAGGGAAAGAAGCUGGAACAGAAUCUCGCUUUAAACAAUGGACUUCUAUGAUGGAAGGGCUGCCCUCCGUAGCUUCACAAGAUGCCAAUAUGCACAAAAAUGGCGCGAUAGUGCCCCCUGGAAAAGCCCGCGGAGGAUCACCCUACAACCAGUUUGACAUAAUCCCAGGUGACCCCUUGAGUGGCCAUGUGGGCCCUGCUGGUGAUAGUUGGUUACCUGCCAAAUCUCCACCAACAAACAAGAUUGGAAGCAAAUCCAGCAACGCCAGCUGGCCUCCAGAGUUCCAACCAGGAGUGCCAUGGAAAGGUAUACAAAACAUUGACCCUGAAUCUGAUCCCUAUGUGACCCCUGGAAGUGUGCUGGGGGGUACAGCCGCAUCUCCCAUUGUAGAUACUGACCACCAACUUCUGCGGGACAACACCACAGGGUCUAAUUCUUCCCUCAACACCUCGCUGCCUUCACCUGGUGCCUGGCCCUACAGUGCCUCUGACAAUUCCUUCACCAACGUUCAUAGCACUUCAGCAAAAUUCAGUGAUUACAAAUCAGCAUGGUCCCCUGAUCCCAUAGGACACAAUCCCACUCAUCUCUCCAACAAGAUGUGGAAAACCCAUAUUUCCUCAAGGAACACUACAGGGCUGCCCCGCCCACCUCCUGGCCUGACCAAUCCCAAGCCAUCAUCUCCAUGGAGCAGCGCAGCACCCCGCUCGGGCAGGGGGUGGGGGCCACAGGACUCAAGGCUCACUUCUGCCUCCACCUGGAGUGAUGGUGGCUCAGUUCGUCCAAGCUACUGGCUGGUUCUUCACAAUCUCACUCCACAGAUUGAUGGGUCAACCUUGAGGACGAUCUGCAUGCAGCAUGGCCCACUGCUGACAUUCCAUCUGAACCUGACCCAGGGCACCGCCCUUAUCAGAUACAGCACCAAACAAGAGGCGGCCAAGGCCCAGACUGCACUGCACAUGUGUGUAUUGGGAAACACUACCAUCCUGGCUGAGUUUGCCACAGACGAGGAGGUUAGCCGCUUUUUGGCACAAGCUCAGCCCCCUACACCUGCAGCAACCCCAAGUGCACCCACGGCAGGCUGGCAAUCCCUGGAGACAGGACAGAACCAGACAGAUCCAGUUGGACCUGCUUUGAAUCUUUUUGGUGGGUCAACAGGGCUUGGGCAGUGGAGCAGCGGUGGUGGUGGCGGCAGCAGUGGGGGCGAUCUCGCUGGCGCUUCAUUAUGGGGGCCUCCAAGCUAUUCUUCAAGCUUGUGGGGGGUCCCAAAUGUAGAGGAUCCACACAGGAUGGGCAGUCCUGCUCCCUUACUACCUGGAGACCUUCUGGGAGGAGGGUCGGAUUCAAUCUGAACUUAGAACUUUCAACUCUGACCUCGUGACCUUUUUUGGAACAGCAGCAGCACUAACUUGACCUUUUCGUUUUUUUUCAACUUGCAAUAAAUACAUUUAUAAAAGGAAAAAAGAAAACGGAGAGAGAAAAAAAGGUGGGUCAUUGACAGACUGUCUGAGCACAUAGUUGCCUCCCUUAUAUAACUUCAGUUUUUUCGUUUGGAAUAUGAAUCCAAAAAGAGAACAUAUCACUCUUGAAAUACUUGAAUCAUGAACGCCAACUUAGAAAGACAAUGUGAAGCAAGUACACAUACCAUUUAAAUUUAAACACAAAAAAUUAAAAAAAUUAGUUUCUA